CUAAAAUGCGGGACAUUACAAGAAAUUAAGCCGUUGCAUCACUGUAAACAAAUUCAAGCUUUCCCCCUUUUCCGUUUCUGCCUCUAUUCGUGGUAGAUACCUUCACUACUACAGGGAAAUCUAGACUAUUGGUGCAACUACCAACUUUGUUUAAGAAGCAGAACCAAUACUCGAAAUUAACCCCUCGAUUCAUCUAAUCUCCUCGACAAAGACUAGACCGAAACUCCCAAAAUGUCUACAAUUGACAACCUCAAAGACCGCAAAACCCCCGUCUUCUCCCCCGAAGACGUAACCGUAGUUUUCGUCCUCGGCGGCCCGGGAGCAGGCAAAGGCACACAAUGCGAGCGUCUAGUAGCACGCCACGGCUUCGCCCACCUCUCCGCAGGUGAUCUCCUACGAGCCGAACAAUCACGUCCCAACAGCCAAUUCGGCGACUUAAUCCGCGACCACAUCCGCAACGGCUUGAUCGUGCCAAUGGAAGUAACCAUCGCGCUCCUCGAAGCAUCCAUGCGUCAAAUCCUCGACGAACCGACCGCCGUCACAUCCACAUCCACAUCCACCCAAACCGGCGACAAGAAAAAGAAAGGCAAAUUCCUCAUCGACGGCUUUCCUAGAAAACUCGACCAAGCCAUAAAAUUCGAAGAAGCAGUCGUCCCCGCGCAAUUCGUCCUCUUCUACGAUUGUCCCGAAGCCGAAAUGGAACGCCGCUUGCUCGAGCGCGGCAAGACUUCCGGUCGCGAAGAUGAUAACGCGGAGUCCAUCCGUAAACGCUUCCGUACUUUUAUCGAAACAAGCAUGCCCGUGGUUGAUUACUUCGAGAAGCAAGACCGCGUUGUCAAGAUCGAUGCUACGCCUGCGCCGGACCAGGUCUUUGAGGCUACUGAGAAGGAGCUUGAGAAGAGACUUGGUGGGGGGAAGUUGGCGUGAUUGGGGAUUUGAGGUUGUGUGAGGAAAUCGAGUAGAGGGGGUGAGGUAGAUGGGACGUAUAUAGUUCAUAGAUAUUUAGGAGAUGGCAUAGGGGCAGCGACGAAGUAAGGGGGGGCAUUGCGAAGUUACCUAGAUUUCGGCUUUUCGUCUUUUUAGUUAUACUAUAGAGAACAGAGUGUGAGAGAAGAGAUGAUUACGAAUGAAGAGGGAACCAUGAAUAGAAAAGUAUAUACCAAGUAAUUUGGAAGAAUCUUAAGAUGAUCUCAGUACCUUGUUGACGUAUUGAUAAAGGGGAGGGUGGUACUUUAUUUUUAUGAGAUCAGACACAAGUAGCAUAUAAUCACGAAAAAGACAAGACAACUGAUGGUAA